AUGAACGUAAAAUGUAUUCCUGAUAGUGAUAUUCUUAAAUUAUAUGGUGGUCAAAUGAUGUUUACAAAUAAAUUUAAUGAAUUUAAAGAAAAUAUUGGUAAUUUAAUAUCUACAAAUGAUUUUUUGUCAACAUCUCGUCUCUUAACAGUUGCCAUGCAAUUUAUAUUAGGAGCUACAGAUAUUGAUGAAUUGAAAGUAGUUCUAUUUAAAAUAGAAGUCAAUUGUCAAAAUACGAGAAUUAUUUUUGCUAAUGUUGAUAAAUGCAGUUAACUACAAUGUGAGCAAGAGGUUCUUUUUUCUUUGGGAACUGUUUUUUGAAUUGAAACAAUUGAAUUCGAAUCGACAUUCAAUUUAUGAAAAGUAAAAAUGAUAGCAACAGAUGAAUUAUCGAAUAUAACAGAAGAAACUUUAAAUUUAACAAUAGGAACAGAAAAUCGAAGUCCCGUAAUUCUGUUUGGUAAUCUACUCUUAGAAGAAGAUAAUCAUUUUGAUAUAGCUGAACAAUUUUUUCAAAUGUUACUGAAAAUAUUGCCAAAAGAUCAUGAAGAUAUUUUGCUUCAAAGUCUACCAUACAAAGAUGAACUAUUAUCGAUUUUUUUUAACACAAAAAUGUAAUUUCUUCGUAAAAAAGUAAAGAUCAUAUUUAAAAAUUUCAUUAAAAAAAUUCGAGUUUUGCAAAAAAAAAGCCGGUACUCAAAGGGUUAACAGGAUCAGUUUAAUAAGAUACUUUGACGCAAUUUACCCUACCGAUUAUAACUCUGGUAUGAACUCAAUGUAUAUGUGUCAGGCAAAAUUGAGAUUUAGGCAAAAUUAAACAAAGCUAUUAAAAGACUUGAAAUUUUAAAAAAGUUAAAAAACAUAAAAAUAAAUAGUUGAUCCUAUAAAUUUAAGUUAAGUUAUAUUCAACUUUGAUUGAAAUUUAACUCAGUUUAGGAAGAUGUAGAGUUCGCCACUUUUUUUAAUGCAAAUCUAAUUAAAACUUAGGAAGAUGUAGAGUUCGCCACUUUUUUCAAUGCAAAUCUAACUAAAAUUUAGGAAGAUGUAGAGUUCGCCACGUUUUUCUAUGCAAAUCUAAAUAAAAUAUAGGAAGAUGUAGAGUUCGCCACUUUUUUCAAUGCAAAUCUAACUAAAAUUUAGGAAGAUGUAGAGUUCGCCACUUUUUUCAAUGCAAAUCUAAACAGUAUAUUGUAAGAUGUAGAGUUCGCCACUAUUUUCAAUACAAAUUGUAUUGAAUUUAGGAAGAUGUAGAGUUCGCCACUGUUUUCAAUGCAAAUCUAACUAAAAUUUAGGAAGAUGUGGAGUUCGCC